AUGUCGGACGCCUCAGACGUCCAGGCCAUCAUAGCUGAUGCGAGUGCGAACGACGUUUACAAUUAUUGCGCCAUUGCCGCUCUGACGGUUGUUUUUGCCCUCUCCUCUGUGCCUCUGGUCGUGAACAUGGUAGCCAAUCUACAUUUCAUCAUCUACGUGAAUGACCCGGUGGAAGGUUUUGGUGUCAUUAGCACGCUAUCUGAAAGCACGGCGUUGAGUGCCAAGCUCUUCGAAGAUGCAGCCCGGGAGGAGGCAGCGGAGGAGGAAGCCCUCCGUGAAUCAUCUCUCGUCCAGAGGCUAGAGUCUCAACUUGAAAACUGGACGGGGGACGAGCCGAUGGAGCAUGCUGUCCUCCGCAUGCUCGUCGACAAGUAUAAGCCUCUGCGAGGGGGACCUAUCAGGACGGCCGACGAUAAGCUGAAGAAGGCUCCACCGCAGGUGCGCACUCAGGAUGCGCCCCACGAGGUUGCGAGGGGCGACUCUUCUGUAACAAGCUCGAGUACGCAGGAGGAGGCUCCUGUGCGCACAUAUGUCCCCGGCGAGCCCAUACUGCCUGGUAUCCCCGGACACCAGCCGUGGCAUACGACGUUCACCGUCCCGUCUCAUGCGACGUCCAGCGUCCGCUAUGGGAGUAUCCCUCCGCCCAAGCCUGCCUCUUCGCCUCUGCCGUUGGACGACAAGGCCAAGAGGAAGGAGAUGGAGAAACGGAAACGAUUGCAGCAGGGCAUGAGGCUGUCGCAGGCGAGAGAGUCCACCCUGGACUACCGUCUGGGUAUCAAGGGCAGCGCCGCAGACCAGUUCAGGCGGCCGAACCCUGUCUCGCUCAAGGGCUGGGCCAACCUGGUCGAAGACCGAAUAGAGAGAGCCUGCCAGGCGGGGCACAUCAAGAACAUCAAGGGCCGCGGUGCACCCAUCGCGCGCACCACGGAAGACAAGAACCCGUUCAUCGGCCGCGAAGAGUUCCUCAUGAACCGCAUCGUCCAGCGCCAGGGUGCCGCCCCGCCCUGGGUCGAGGUCCAAGGCGAGCUCGAGACUGCCGUGCGCACGUUCCGCGAGGUCGUCAAGCAGUCGUGGACGCGGCGCGCGCUCCGCACGCUGACGCACACGCACCCCGCGGAGCUCCUGCCCAAGCUCACGCUCGCGGACGUCGCGGCCAUGCGCGACGAGGAGUGGGAGGAGAAAGAGCGCGGGUACCACGAGACGGCGCUCGAGGAGGUGAACGCGCUCGUGCGGAAGUACAACGGGCUCGCGCCGUAUGCGGUCCGGAGGGCGUACUACAUGCGCAGCGCGGAGCUGGAGAGGGUGUACCAGGAGGCUGGUGAGGAUAUUUUGAGGGGGCUGGAGGAGAGGGCGCGGCAGGCUUUGAAGGGGAGGACGAAUAGAAGACCUGGGUUCAGUGGAGAUGAGGAAGAGGUAGGUGGAGGAGGGGCGGGCGGUCCGGGUGGAGGCCCUGUACGAUUGAGGGACAUGUUCAGAGACGUGAUGAACGCUAUCCGAGGACGAUAUUUCUCGACGGACCGCAAGGCACUGCUCCAGGCGACCAACGGCCUGCGCAACGCCGCGGGCAACGUGUACUACAACGAGAAAUGCACGGGUGCCGUCGUCGGCCAGCAGCCGUUCGGCGGUGCGCGCGCGAGCGGCACGAACGACAAGGCGGGCUCCAUCUCGAUCUUCUACCGCUUCGUGUCGGCGCGGAGCAUCAAGGAGAACUUCGUCGGGCUCGAGGACUACCUGUACCCUUCGAACCUCGUCUAA